AUGGCCCACCAAGCACACCCCUUCCACAUAGUAGACCCCAGCCCAUGACCAAUCUCCGGAGCUGCUGCCGCCCUCCUCACCACCUCAGGAUUGGCUAUAUGAUUUCACCACAAAUCCCCCCAACUCCUAACCUUAGGCUUAAUCUCCAUAAUCCUAGUAAUACUCCAAUGAUGACGAGACAUUAUUCGAGAAGGUACAUUCCAAGGCCACCACACACCCCCAGUACAAAAAGGCCUUCGAUACGGAAUAAUUCUAUUCAUCACAUCAGAAGUAUUCUUCUUCCUAGGUUUCUUUUGAGCCUUCUUCCACUCAAGCCUAGCCCCUACACCAGAACUAGGAGGACAAUGACCCCCAACAGGAAUCAAACCCAUAAACCCCAUAGAAGUACCCCUACUCAACACAGCCAUUCUACUAGCAUCAGGAGUUACCGUCACAUGAGCCCAUCACAGCAUCACUGAAGGAAACCGCAAACAAGCAAUCCAAGCUCUCAGCCUAACUAUCCUCUUAGGAGCCUACUUUACAAUCCUACAAGCCAUAGAAUACUACGAAGCCCCAUUCUCAAUUGCCGACAGCGUAUACGGCUCAACCUUCUUCGUCGCUACAGGAUUCCAUGGCCUACACGUAAUCAUCGGAUCCUCCUUCCUCUCAAUCUGCCUACUACGACUAAUCAACUUCCACUUUACACCAAGCCACCACUUUGGAUUCGAAGCCGCAGCCUGAUACUGGCACUUUGUAGAUGUCAUCUGAUUAUUCCUAUACAUAACUAUCUACUGAUGAGGAUCCU